UUAAAUCUCAUUCUCUCUUUUCACUGAUUGAUAGAUAAUACUUGAAGAUGGAUACAAUGAAUUACAGAAGAAUUUAUGUUCAUCUGUUUUUGCUUAUUGUUUUUGCAGAAAUCAAGUAUUGUUUUGCUUCAAAGUUAUAUGUUGUUUACAUGGGUAGUAAAACAAAUGAAGAAAACCCAGAAGACAUUUUGAAUCAAAACCAUCAGUUACUUGCUCAAAUUCAUGGAGGAAGGCAUGAAGAAGCCAAAGCUUCUCAUGUUUACAGUUACGUUCAUGGCUUUAAAGGAUUUGCAGCAAAAUUAACAGAGGAAAAAGCUUCAGAAAUUGCUAGAAUGCCUGGGGUUGUCUCCGUGUUUCGUAAUUCGAAAAGAAUUUUGCAUACUACUCAUUCUUGGGAUUACAUGGGUAUUCUUGAUGAUGAAUCUAUGGAAAUACCUGGAUAUUCUACUAAGAAUCAAGAAAAUAUCAUCAUUGGUUUCAUUGAUACAGGAAUAUGGCCAGAAUCGCCUAGUUUCAGUGAUCACGGUAUGCCUCCUGUGCCCCGGACAUGGGAAGGAAUAUGUCAAGCGGGUGAAGGAUUCAAUUCUUCUUUCUGUAACAGAAAAGUGAUCGGAGCAAGGUAUUAUCUAAGUGGGAUUGAAAGCAAUGAAGAUCCAACGAAAAAGAAUUAUAACUCACCACGAGACAGUUCCGGCCAUGGUAGUCAUACUGCUUCGACUGCAGCUGGCCGAUACGUUAAAAAUGUGAAUUAUGAAGGGUCAUUGGCUCAGGGAGGAGCUAGAGGAGGUGCACCCAUGGCUAGAAUUGCAGUGUACAAAACAUGUUGGGAUUCGGGUUGUUAUGAUGUCGAUUUAUUAGCUGCAUUUGAUGAUGCAAUUAAAGAUGGUGUUCAUAUUUUAUCUCUUUCUCUUGGCCCUGAAUCUCCUCAAGGAGAUUAUUUCAAUGACGCAAUAUCUAUCGGGUCAUUUCAUGCUGCUAGUCAUGGGAUUUUGGUUGUUUCUUCUGUUGGAAAUGAACGAAAUCAAGGUUCUGCUUCAAAUCUUGCUCCGUGGAUGAUUACUGUUGCUGCUAGUUCUACUGAUAGGGAUUUUACUUCUGACAUUUCGCUAGGAAACGGGUCUAACUUCACGGGUGAAAGUCUAACACUUUCACAAAUGAACACUUCCACAACACUCUUAGAUGCUUCCGAAGCUAAUGACGGAUACUUCACUCCUUAUCAAUCUAGUUUCUGUUUAGAGAGUUCAUUGAACGGUACAACGGCUAAAGGGAAAAUUCUUAUAUGCCGACAUGCUGAAGGUUCUUCGGAAUCGAAGCUAGCAAAGAGUGUGGUGGUUAAAGAAGCUGGUGCAGUAGGAAUGAUUCUAAUAGAUGAAGAAGAUAAGAGUCUGGCCAUUCCAUUUGUAAUUCCUUCAGCUAUAGUUGGAGCACAAAUUGGAGAGAAGAUACUAUCAUACGCAAAUCAUUCACGGAAGCCAACUGCACGGAUUUUCAGUGCAAAGACAGUAUUAGGAUCCCAAUCAUCUCCAAGAGUCACAUCGUUUUCCUCGAAAGGCCCGAAUGCAUUGACCCCAGCAAUUUUGAAGCCUGAUGUUACAGCUCCUGGAUUGAAUAUUCUUGCUGCCUGGUCUCCAGCUAACGGAAAAUUGAAUUUCAACAUUAUUUCUGGAACUUCCAUGGCUUGCCCUCAUGUUACAGGCAUUGCAGCUUUGGUCAAAGCUGUACAUCCAUCAUGGUCUCCUUCUGCUAUUAAAUCUGCCAUCAUGACAACAGCAACUGUGCUGAACAAAAACAACAAGCACAUAACAGUGGAUCCGACGGGAAGGAAGGGUAACCCAUUCGAUUACGGUGCAGGAUUUGUGGACCCUGGGAAAGUCCUGAAUCCUGGCCUAGUCUAUGAUGCAGAACCAGUAGAUUACAAAAACUUCUUGUGCUCGAUUGGUUACGACGAGGAAUCACUACGUGUAAUCACAAAAGACAAUAGCACAUGCAAUAAGACAACUUUCAGCUCACCUUCAGAACUGAAUUACCCAUCAAUUACAGUACCAAAUCUUAAAACAAAUUACUCGGUGAAACGAACAGUAACUAAUGUGGGUAAGCCAAUAAGUAUUUACAAAGCAAUAGUUUCUUCUCCUGUUGGAACAAAAACUACUGUUUUCCCAAGGUUUCUGAUAUUCAAAAGCUAUGGACAGAAAUUAAGUUUUACGGUGAAUUUCGAAGUCAUUGCUCCAACAAAAGGUUAUACAUUUGGGUCCUUAACAUGGAGGAAGAAAAAGAUUAGAGUAACUAUCCCGUUGACAGUACGUGUUAAAUCUUCUAGCACCGGGUUAUUACGUUAAAACAAAGGAUUGAACUGAAUCAAAUUCAGAUAAAACUGUAAUUUUUAUGUUUGUAAUUCAUUUUUGCUCAUUGAAAAUUAUGUAGAAGCAAUGUAUAUAUACUAGACUAAGUAGUCUAUGUUCUUUGUUUCAUACAUUGGUUAUGUAAUUGUCGAGAUAAAACUUGUUUGGAGUAUAAAAUCUGCCUUCUUUCGUUGGAAUA